AUCAUAGUCAGAGCUUCAGCUCUGACAGCUCUAACUAGGAGAUGGUAACAUAGCACCACACAGACUCUAGUGUGAAAGCACAGUCCCUGUAGCCCUGCCCAGACCGUUAGCCAGCUCUCUACAGUAUAACAGAACUUCCUCUUUAGCUCAAUUAUCUACAGCACUAGCUAUGGAGAUGGACAGCAUUUACAUUGGGCUGCAGAAGCCCUCGGAGGAUGUCUACUCCACAGUAAACCAGACCCAGGGCAGGAGAACAAGACAGGGGGCUCCACCAGUCCAGUCCCGUUCUCAUUCCAGUGUCAUCUUUGCUCUGGGAGCUGUGGUGUGUCUCUUACUGGUGGCAGUCAUCGGCAUGGGGAUAGCACUUCUGCUGUGUCAUUCUCACAGCAACCCUGAGUCAAUCAAUCUGCCUGGUCAGGAGAAUAAAAAAAAUGUCAGCAAAUCACUCCAGCAGUGUACCAGUGACCUCUGCAAGUAUACAAAGAGACUCAGCAAGAUAUUCUGUAUGGAUCCUAACACUGGGAAGGAAGCAGAGCCGUGUGAACUUUGUCCACAGGGGUGGAAGAAGGGAUAUAAUGGAAGCUGUUACUUUAUUUCCACACAAUAUAAUUCUUGGAACGCUGCUAACGAGUCCUGUUCCAAACUCGGGGCUCACCUUGCUGUGAUUGAGGACAAGGAGGAACUGAAGACUAUGCAGCGUGUUUCAACAGGUGGUUACUAUUACUGGAUUGGACUGAGUAGAAAGUGGAGCGAUGGGCAAUGGCAUUGGGUUGAUAACACGCAGCAUGAUCAGAACAAGAUUGCAUUUCACGAUACACCAAACCAAGACCAGCAUUGUGCAUGUUUGAAAAAUGAUUCAGUAUAUUCAGAAUUAUGUCGCCCACUUAUGCGAUGGAUCUGUGAAUGGGAGGCUGUGCGCUUUUGAGGGGAUCCACAGACGCUUUCUUCAUUUGAACAAAGAAGACCUCAUUGCAGAGCAGUAAAACUGAAGCAACUGUGUGAUUGGAUUUCUAUGCUUA